GCUUGAACGUUUUUAUUAUUAUUAAUAUAUAUUUAUAUUUCGUUUUAAUUUACAAGUUUUCCAUGGUUCAUAAUUUUAAUAUUUUUAUACCAUUUUAUACAAUAAAGUGUUUAUAGAUAGGCGUAAUUACAACAAACGAACAUUCUUUAAAGAAACAAUAAGGCGAGUUUUAAAUUUCGAAAAAUAACGGGCACAUUAAGUUUUGACAGCAAGUUUCGGUCGAGUUUGACAGUUCGCGGUUUCGAAUUUUAAAAUUGACGUUUGAAUUUCAACAUGGCGGUCUGUGUGUUUGUCAGCGUGUCUGCCGGGUUCGUCGACCUCGCCGGAUCCUCGCACUAGGAUGAUAAACUUCCAAAACAUUUGACGUCUGCUUUAUCCAUGCGGCGGUGACGCGAUGUCGGUGGCGCCGGCGGUCAAGCGCGAGCUCGACCUGGACAGCGGCGGCGGCAGCCCCGGGCGCAAGCGGCGGAAGCAGGCCGCGCCCUCCCGCGCCCCGCAACCCCUGCCGCCCCCGCCCCUCGAUCUCCACGCCAAGAUGGCUGACAUCUACAAGAGCGCGCUCGCGUUCGGGGAACUCACCCUGCCAACCUUCGAUCCCCUCGCCGCCUUCAGGCUCCUACCCCGCCACGAACCCCCGCGAAUCUUCAACCCCGAGGCCUACUGCGACCUCUGCUGCAAAGAGUUCUGCAACAAAUACUUCCUCAAAACACAUCGCGCGAACAAACACGGCAUCUACGACGGCGGCGAACCACAACCGGCCCCACCGCCGCCCGCGCAGCCCUCCCCCCCGAGAAGAGCAUCCGAUGAAGAGUCCGGGGGGACGCCGCGUCGUCUCUCACCAGACUCGGCGAGACGAGCACGGGAGGCGGGAUUCCAACCGGAUGCGUUACGGAGACUCGGCGUCGUGAACCCUGAAGCGUUCUGCGAGAUUUGUUGCAAGGAGUAUUGUAAUAAAUAUUUUCUACGCACGCACCGGGAGCGGCGGCACGGCGUCCCGGCACACCGCUCGCCCGCUGCGGAGCUGUCUCCUAGCGCCGUCACACCGCCCAUGACGCUCGCCACGCCUAUCACCACGCCGAUGACUACACCUCUCACCACACCGCCCGCAUUACCAGCUCCGCCGCCCGAUACUCCUCCGCGGUCACAUUCGUUACCUCCCCCUUUCGACUCUGAGGAGAUGGCUGAAGUAAAACGAGAAUGCGAAGAAGACUUCGAGGCGGCGCUGCGAGACGGACAGACGAGUCCGUUGAACUUAAUAGUGGAGGAGCGGGGAGUCGCGUCACCGGGCUCGGCCAGCGAGGAGCUGCGGAAACUGCAAACGAUGAUCUCGCAGCUCAACGAGCUCGCAGCGGAGCGCCUCGUCGACGAGCCCAUGGACGCCGGCCCGCGGCCUCCUAGCUCCUCUCCUCCACCGCCUGAUGAACGUCGCGCCUCCUCAUCGUCCGGUUCCAGCUUUUGCGAGAUCUGCAAUAAGGAGUUGUGCAACAAAUACUUCAUGCGAACGCACAUGCAACGCAUGCACGGGAUCUCGCUGGAGAGCGGCACGCAGCUGGGCGGAGUCACCUGCGACAUCUGUCACAAGGAGCUCUGUAGCAAAUACUUCUUGCGCGUGCACAAACAUAACACUCACGGCAUCCCCGCGCCCCCGGCGCCGGCGAACGCCGCGCCCGCCGAGCCGUGUCCGCUGUGCGCGCGGCGGUUUCGAGGGCCGCGGGCUCUGCGCGCGCACCUGCUCGCCGAGCACGCGCCGCCAGCCCGACCUCCUCCCCCUCCCCCGCGGCCGCUCGACCUGCUCGCCAGGGACAAGCCAUACGCGUGUUCCUACUGUCCAUUCACGACGGAUGUCCUCGCAUUCCUAUUCGCACACGAACGCGCGCACGCCCAGCAGCAAGCCAACGAGCCGAUAGAGAAUAAUACCGAAGCCAGUGUCGGCGAGCAGGAGGGCGGCGAGGGCGCGAGCGAGGCCGGCGACGUGGGCGAGGCGGAGGACGCGCAGUACUCGUGCUCGCGGUGCGAGUUCCGCGCGGAGGGGUUCGCGGCGCUGGAGGCGCACCUGCGCGCGGCGCACGGCGGCGCGGGCGCGCUGCUGGCGGUGCCGCGCGCCCCGCAGGCGCCGCUCACGAUGCAGCCGUUCGUGGUGGAGGAGGCGGGCGGCGCGCUGAGCCUGGUGCCGGCGCUGGUGUUCCUGCCGGUGCGGCGCCGCGCCACGCGCCGCGCCACGGUGACGCUGACGCUGACGCCGGCCUAGCCG